GCUUUCAUUUCCUUAUCAUCAUCUCUUGUGCUAUUAUAAUGGCACCAAGUGUAUUAGAUCUCAUCUUAAGCUUUCUACAAUAGCCACUGAAUCCUUCUAUUUCAAACGAAGCCAGGAUGAGGAUCCAGGCACAAUGAAAUGGAAACAUCCGUGUUACCAUGCUGUCUAGUAUUUCCAUCUACACUUCCUGCCUAGCAUAGGAGCAAUUUGUCUAAAAUUACCUGUACUUUCAUCCUUGGAUUCUCACCACCGAUGGUUGGAGUUCGCUGAGUGCUCUAACCAUGGAUCAUUCACAGCUCUUCAUCUUUGUCUGCACUCUCCUUAUAACUUCCUCCUGUUCUAGACUUACCAAUCCUUCCAUGAACAUGCCAUUUGCUCAGAACGCUGGGCUAAACACUGUAUGGCAUAAUAACGCGUCCCUCCUCCACAAUAACCAUACAUAUGAUGAUUUCUUGAUGCGCGUGAUCCUCCAUGCCACCACCACAGUUCGAAGUGGUGAUUCAUCUCUUGAUGACUUCCCUUCAUUUGCCUGUGGGUUCUACUGUGCAGAACCUGCAACCACCUGUCAUACCUACAUAUUUUCCAUCGUCUUUGUCAAUGUGUACAUUAGCAUCGAUGAUGGUGUGAGUCUGUAUUCGCCCGAGGUAGUCUGGGUUGCCAACCGUGAUCAUCCAGUUGGAGAGAAUGCCACUGUUCAGUUUACUGAACUUGGGGAUUUAGUGCUCCAUGAUGCAGAUGGAACACUUGUUUGGUCGACCAGUACGGCGGACAAGUCUAUUGUCAGCAUGAACCUUACAGGGUCAGGAAAUCUGGUGUUGUUAGACCGCACAAAUGUUGAGGUCUGGAGAUCCUUUGACCUCCCAACUGACACACUUAUCAUUGCACAAACAUUACAGAUGGGUCAGAAGCUUGUGGCAAGAACUUCGCUGACAAACUGGACCGAAGGAAAUUUCUAUCUCACCACCCUCGCUGAUGGCAUGUAUGCGUUUGCAGGUAUUCAUACUCCUCUUGCAUACUAUAGGAGCCCCACUGGUGGAAAUGUUGCAACAAACAGGUCAGCGUAUGUUGCACUCAAGAAUGGUAGCCUGGAGGUGUUCACUUCUUUUCGGGAGACAGAGGCGCCUGAUUACCGCAUCAUGUUGCCUGUGCAUCCCUUUGGCCUGGUGUUUGCACGGCUAGAAUGGGAUGGGCACAUGAGACUAUAUCAGUGGGCCAAUGAUAGCUGGGCGAGUUCAGAUAUUUUUGACAUAACUGACCCUUGUGCUUACCCUCUAGCUUGUGGAGAGUAUGGUAUUUGCUUACAUGGACAGUGCACCUGUCCAGAUUUAGUCGUUGGGCAAUCAGGAUUGUUUGAGCUGGUUGAUUCCAGGGAAGUUAAUCGUGGCUGCUCUCUAAAAUCUUCGUUGUCUUGUGGGUCAGCAAGGAAGGCUAGGUUUCUUGCUGUUCCCAAUGUCACCCACUUCAAUUUUGUCUACAAUUGGACAACAAACGAAGAGCACUGCAAACAAUCAUGCUUGAAUGACUGUUCUUGCAAGGCUUCAUUUUUCCAUCACAAGGACACUUCUUCUGGUUUCUGUUUUCUUGCAUCUGAUGCAUUCUCGAUGAUAAGUGUCAGUGCACAAAGUUAUUCAAGUGAUUUUAUUUCUUUUUGUUUCAUCAAAAUUCAGGACUCUACACACAAAUCCUUAUUGUCUAAAGAAACAAGAAUAUUCAUCUCAGUUGCUGGUCCUUUGAGUUUUGUUACUUCAGUUAUUGUUGCAGCACUUAUAAUUCUGAGAAGAAACAAAGCAGAACCAUUAGAAGAUGAAUAUAGUAUUGAUCAGCUUCCAGGGCUACCCACACGAUUUUCCUUUACGGAUUUAAAAUCAGCAACAGGAGAUUUCUCAAGAAAGAUUGGGGCAGGUGGAUUUGGUUCUGUUUUUGAAGGACAGAUCGAUGAUAAGCAUGUUGCUAUCAAGAGAUUGGAUGGCAUAGGUCAGGGGAAAAGGGAAUUCUUAGCAGAGGUUCAAACCAUUGGAAGCAUUAACCACAUACACCUGGUGAGACUGAUUGGUUUUUGUGCUGAGAAAACGCAUAGGCUUCUGGUCUAUGAGUACAUGCCUAGUGGAUCUUUGGAUAAAUGGAUUUUUCAAAAUCGCCAAGCAGCUCCACUUGAUUGGGAAACCAGAUUGAAGAUUAUCUCUGAUGUAGCAAAGGGAUUAGCUUAUCUUCAUAGCGAUUGCCGACAAACAAUAGCUCAUCUGGACAUCAAGCCAGAAAAUAUUCUUUUGGAUGAAAUGUUCACUGCUAAGAUAUCUGACUUUGGACUUGCCAAGCUGAUUGAUCAUGAGCAAAGCAGUGUAAUGACUCGAUUAAGAGGCACACUGGGUUACUUAGCCCCUGAGUGGUUGACAUCUGUGAUCACUGAAAAGGUUGAUGUGUAUAGCUUCGGCGUUGUGAUAAUGGAAAUUUUAUGCGGCAGAAGGAAUUUGGAUUACUCACAGCCUGAAGAAAACCGUCACCUCAUCAGCAUGCUGCAAGACAAGGCCAAGAGUGACCAGUUUAUGGACCUUAUUGAUCCAUGUUUCGUUGAUAUGGAAUUGCAUAUGAAUGAUGUUUUACGAAUGAUGAACUUAGCAACGUGGUGCUUGCAAGUCGAUUACCAUAGAAGGCCUUCCAUGCCCAUGGUGGUCAAAAUCCUGGAAGGUACCAUGGAUGUUGAAACUGAACUUGAUUUUGACCUUGUAAAUAUAGAUCCGAUGGUAGUAGCGAAUCGAGCAGCUCAAAGGAACACUGUGACUUUGCAGAUAGACUCUGUCCUUUCAGGGCCAAGAUGAAAUACAGGCUCAAAUUUUCUCUCAAAAAACCAAGCUCAUGAUUUGAUGCCCUCUACUAUGUCAUUUAGAGAAACAAAGAUGUAAUAUAGUGAGUGAGAUUUUCUAUUUUCUAAUGCUGCAGCAGUUUAAGGUACUUGUGAUGAUAAAUAUUUCUGUUACCAAACUGUGUGGUUAUCUAUUACUGCAAAUCGGAAU